AUGUCACUGAAUUCGCGAUAUGUCUGCAAUAGCCUAUAUAAGAGUCAUCAAGAAAAUUUAAAUUAGAUUAUAGAACAAUAUUGUGAUUAAGCGAGUGCUAAUUCUACGGAGUGCGAUUAAUCAUUUUAUGAGGGGUUCAAAUUUCAGGUAGCCCAUUAAUAAAUAUCUGACCUCAUAUCUUAGGUUGAGAGAAGUUCGAAGCUGGAUGAAGGGAAGAGAUAGUUAUCAACUUAAAUAUUGAGUUAGGCACAGUAGAUUCUUAAGAAUUACAGUUCUUAGGAAUGUUAGAUAAAGAUUAAGAUUACUCAGUCAUUGUUCAAUCUACAAAGAGAUACUAUAAGGACUAUUUAAGAAGUGCAUGAGGCAUUUGCUUUGCUAGAAUCAAUCAAGUGGCCUUGCAAAGGGCCUGCUAAUAAGCAGUAUGAUAAACAGUUGCGUGCGUUGGAAAAGUUGUGCUAUUUCUGGGAAUAGGUGUUGAUGUUGGAAAACAGGGCUACGAGUACAAUUUCUACAAAUGAAUUUAAAUAACGUUUAAACUAGUGGUUUGAGUAAUUCACAAAUGAGAUCAGAACUAAGAAUUUCGACAACUUAAAAAAAUCGAAAAAAGGAUAUUUAGAUACAUAAUUGAGGAAUGCCCAUGAAAUGUACGUAGGUUUGGGAAUCGAGAAAAAUAGAGACAGCGCUUUGCAAAUCUACAAAAGAUUGUCAGAAGAGAGCCAUCCAAUCGCAUAGGCAAUAAUGGGAUAGGUUUUGAUGGAUGGAGAAUUAGGAGAAAAAGAUUAUGAUCAGGCUUUUAACUACUUUAAAUUGAGUGCAGACCAAGGUCAUACAUUUAGUGUCUAUUGGGCAUCCAGAUUAAUAUUAGAAGAGAAAGUAUUUGACAAAUUUUUUGAGAAAGACGAACAAUAGAGCAGGAAAUCAAGUGUGACAACAAUCAAAACUAAGGAUUGUGAUUUAGCUAUCAAACUACUAAGGAAAGCUGCAGAAUUGAAUCACGUGCCAUCAAUGAUAUAUUUAGGUGAUUUGUACACCUCAGGUUUGUAGUUAUAAAAUUACUCUUUGGAAAAAGACUACUAAGAUGCUGAGUACUUUUAUAAGCAAGCUCAAAAAAGGAAUUCAGUGGAGGCUACAUAUAAAUUAUCUUUGUUGUACUAAGAAAUGAGUAAAUAAAGUUUAAAUAAGAAUAGAAGACAAUUAAUUUUUCCAUUACUCAGUCAAGCCAAGAAUCAAGACUAUUUACCAGCAUUUUACGAUCUUGGAAUGUUGUUGUUAAAUGGUUUAGGGGAGGAAUUGCAGGCCAACCCUAUAAUGGCUGACUUAAUCUUCGAAUAAGGUGCAUUUAAUGGUGAUUUUAAGUGUGCCAAAAAAUUACUUAAUCUUCGUUUUCAAAAUUUACAGAGAGAAGAAGGUUAGUUAACUGAUUUUCUAUCUCUGUUGGAUUAGUUGGAAGAUAUUUUGAAGGAUCAAACUGUUAUUAAUUAUAUGAGGGGGAAGAUUUACUAUAAGGGUAUAUCAUGCGAGAAAAAUUUGUAAAAAGCGGUCGAAUAAUUUAGAAUAGGAUCAUGGAGGGGAUGUCUAAAAUGCAAAGCUUAAUUGGAGAAAAUAUUUAAAGAUAAGGAGGAUUUGCCAACUAGCUCACCAUAGUCAUCGAUUCAGAAACUAAAUAUUUAAGGAGGGUUUAUUGAUUAAGUCAAAUUGAGCGAUUAGAGAAAAGCAUAUCAAAUACAGAAAGGGAAGGUUUCAUUAAAUAAUAAAUCAAUUCCUUUUGAAUAAGAGAAUCAAUCAACUAGACAGGAUAGACAUACAAUAAUGACAAUAAGCAUAGUUAAACCCAAUGAAGCCAAUGAUCCAGACAGAAAAAGAGGGGGAUCUGAAUAUCAUAGUUUCAAAAGGGCAGAAAGCGGCGUCAUGCUUUCCUAAUUAAAACUACAAAUUCAAUCGCCUUAAUAAUAAUCAUCCACCAGAUUUGAACAAUAACAGUAGUCUUAAUAUGGAUCUCCUCGUCAACCCUCAUUAAUUAACAUCUCUUCAAAUUCUUCGAAGAAAGACCUCUUUAAUUUUAGUAAAUUUCCUAGUCAUUCAUCUAUUAAUUCUUCAAAAUAUCUAUUUAACUAACCUUGA